UCUUUUACAAACCGUUUUCACUCCUCCAACCUCAUCGUUAUAACUGUAACUCAGAUUAGAUGUAGGAUUGUCAUGGCCAGGAUUUCAUCAAUAUUUUCAAAUUUAAGCCGCCGCCAAAACCCUACUUCAUCUCACAGCACCACCACACCUCAAAUCCGAAAUCGAAACCUCUGUUCUGACAAAUUUAGCAUAAAUUCUGAAGAUGUGUUGCAUAACCAGAGAAGCCCAAUUGAGGUUAUUGCUCAAGAUCGAAUGCUUGGAAUUGGUGAAGCGAGUGCAAUUUCUGAGGAAUUAACGGGAAAACCUCCAAAUCUAGGUCAAAAGCUUGCUGAAAAUCGAGUAACGAAUGCUAGUGAGAUUGCAAAGGAGGUUUGCAAUGUUAUUCGGACUCGUCCCAAAUGGGAGAACACGCUUUUAAGUGAUUUUCCAACGGUCAGUUUCACGGAUCCUGGUGUUUACAGUGAGAUUUUGAAACAGCAGAGUGAUUUGUUUCUGUCAUUGCAGUUCUAUUUAUGGCUUAGGUCACUAGAUGGUUUCUUAUUCGACCCCGUUUUAUGUAAUGAGAUGUUUGGUAGGCUUGCAGAGGCAAAAGAUGUUGAGAAAAACCUUCUUGAUGAUCGGGAGUUUGAGGUAGAGCCUUGGUUUUUAGAGUUGUAUACAAGGUCCCUCUGUGAAAAUGAGUUGAUUGAUCAAGUGCUUAAUGUUUUUGAGCGGUUGAAAAUGAUUGGUUACUGCGUGUCUUUGGAAACAUGGAAUUGGGCUUUGUGUUGCUCUGUGAAAGUGGGAAGAGCUGAUGCUGUUUGGAAGUUGCACGAAGAUAUGGUGAAAUAUGGUGUUGCGCCAGAUGCAGAUACCAUGGGAUGCUUGAUUAUGGCGUUUUGUUUGGAAAAUAAUGUUUCGAAAGGGUUUGAGCUUCUUCAGCAGGUGCUCAAGACUGGGCAUGUUCCUGAUAAAAUUGUUUUCGAUAACCUGAUAACUGCUCUUGGAAAGAAUGGUAAGUAUGGAAAAGUGUCGGCUGUUAUGCGCAAGAUGAUUGUAAACAAUUGUUACCCCGAUAUUCACACUUAUCAUGAGGUUGUAAGAUUUUGCAGAGGAGAAAUGACUAAUGAAGGGGUACGAAUCUUUAAUGAAUUGAAGAAAAGGGGUUAUUAUCCUGAUAGAGUCAUGUACACAACUAUGAUUGGCAAUCUUUGUGAAAACAAGGAUGUCCGAGGUGCAUGGACACUGUGGUUUGAGAUGAUUGAAGGUGGGAUUAUACCUAACGAGUUUACGUACAAUGUUUUUGUUAGUGGUUUGUUCCUGAAUGGUUGUGUUGAUGAAGCUGAGAAGCUUCAUAAAGAGAUGCUUGACAAAGGUUUACUGGAGACGACAGUAAGUUUUAACACCAGGAUAUAUGGUCUAUGCAUUAACAGUAGAGUGGAAGAAGCUCGAAUACUGUUUGAGGAGAUGAAUGAGAAGGGUAUUGUUAGAGAUUCCAUGACAUUCAAUUCCAUGAUUCAAGGCUUUUCUAAGCAAGGGAAUGCAGCAGAGGCUAUGUACUUUCUAGACGAACUUCUGAAGCAGGGUUUUGAGCCAUCGUCUGCCUCAUUAGCCUCGUUGAUUGAAAUCCUCUGUGAUGAUGGACAUGUAAAAGAAGCUGAAAGAAUAUGGUUAGACAUGUCAGAGAAGGGCUUUAAUCCUGGAGAUGACGCUCUGAGUGCAAUCGUAUAUGGACUGAGCAGACAAGGACAGAUUGCUGACAUGAACGAGUGGUUGCGGCAUAUGAUUCAGAGUCGAGUCAAACCAAAGAUGACGACUUUUGAGAAAGUCAUCGAAUGCCUCUGUGGAGCUUAUAGACUAGAUGAUGCUUUAUUCGUUUUACACUAUAUGGUGAAGAUGGGUUAUCUGCUCAAGGAAGAUACUUGCUAUUCUUUGGUGGAUGCACUUUGCAAAGUCAAAUCUCGUCAUGUGCAAACAUUGUUAUCGAAUAUUGUGGAAGGAACUGAUCACCAAAAACCCCGGUCUCCGCUCUCAUCUUUGCUCAACAAGCCGGUCUCAGAAUUAGAUGGGCUUAUACCAUGCACAGAAGAUAUAUCUCCGAUUUCAAAUCUGUCAGACCAGUCAAUCUCACAGUCAGAUGAACUCAUACACGGAUCUCCCGUUUCAUCUCUUAUCGGUCAGUCAGCCCUCUCGUGAGAACACGGAUCUCCUAAUUCAUCUAUGUUCAACCAGUCAGCCUCACAGUCAAGCCAGGCUUAUACUUUGACCCCUGAGCAAGAAUCUUAGCUCAAGACUUGAAGAUUGUACUUCGUGGACUAAAAAAUUGGGUGGUUAUGACGAAAUUGAUAGCAAAUGCAAUUUUCUUCUGAAGGAUUUCUGCUUCGCGAACAAGAACAAGGGACAACAACAAUUGGCAAGUCGACGAACCAAUUCUCUGCAUCCUGGCCUGCGGAACUCCCUUUUAUCUCUACAUGUAACUUUCUUAGCAUUUCCAUCUAUAUUCGAGUUUUACAUCUACAUGCUAUACAUUUUCACAUUGUUCAGUUUACCCUCUCAAAGCUUAUGUGGUUAACUUUCUAAAUUUUGCUUCAGGAUUACAUGUUUCUACUGGAAACAUCACAAAGAUCAGGUUAGACUAUAUAAUUGCAGCAUCAUAUUUUCUAUAGUGAGGUAGAGAAGUUAUUCAUUUGUUAUGCAGCAUGUGGUAGUUCAUUUGCCUCGGAUGGUAUAUUGUUCUUGUACAACCUGCCCAUUUGAUCGUCGACAUUUUGAUGUGUUAAAUGUAAAUUUUCAUUGUUCUA